CGUAGUACACAUCCGUGGAAAACCAUAAUAAAUGAGAAAAAAAAGUUUAGUGAUGAGUCUCAUACAGAUACAGCAUACAGCCAUACAGGUACAGGCUACCGCCUACAGGUAGCGCUUCUUUGCCUCUUCUUUUCACAAGUAUCUUGGGGUUUUCUUUUGUCUCCCUUCUUUUGCUUUAAUCCUAAGUUCUACCCUUUAACACAAUUCAACAUAAAAUCCCUCCAAAAAAAAAAGAAAAAGAAAAAGAAAAAUCAGUAUCAACUAUUUCUCGUGAUUCCUCCAUUAUAGACUACCUGUUUUUCUUUCCUCCUAUAGCUUAAUCACCAUUCACCACCCUUUUCUUCACUUACUUUCUCAUUCAUCUCUUUCAUAUUCUCUAAAACCCUAAUUUCUGUGCUUUUUAAACACCCAUCUAAAAAAAUUUGUUUUUUGUUUGUUUUUGUUGUUUGGGUCUAUACUACAACCGAUUUGGACAUCUGGUGCUUGCAGGUUCGAAUUCCUCUCCAAAAGAUAAGUAGCAUUGUUAUACUUGUAGCCCUUUUGAGAAAAACUGCUUGUUGUAGCAAUUUUUAAUUCGAAUAUGAUAGAAGAGCUUCUUGGGUGUCAUUCAGUAAGUGUCUUGCUCAUUUGUCUUGGAGGUACUUCGUCUGAGAUGGGUUAGUUUUGAGUUUAUUGGCUAUAGUUCCCUACAAAUUUUGCGGACUUAGAUGAUCGCAUCAAAGAUGGAUACUUUGGCUACCAAUUGUGAAAUUGUGGAGGUUAAGGAAGAUUUCAAUAGGAAUGAGAAAGUGAGAAAGCAUUAUAUGUCUAGGCAAGGGCGCGUUUAUUCCAUUGAAGAUGACAUCAAUCAGUUAUUUGACUCGGUGAAUAUUAAGACUUCUAUUAAAGGGAAAGCUCUACAAAGGAAUCCUAUGAAGCGACCCAUGAGGAUGAAGUCUCCACAGGCAUCAGGUAUUGGAAUUUCGGAAACAGCAAAUCUGAAACAGGCAUUGAGGGGAUUGUGCAUCUCACAAGCAUCGGAAAUGGCUGCUCAGAAAAAGCGGACCCUGAAACCAAGAGGGUCAACAGGAGCUUCGGAUGGAGGAUCAAUAAACCGGUUGCACAAGACAGUAGUUCAUACUAAAGGACCCGGUCUACUUUCUAGUGAAGGCAAAAGAAAUCUUCUUGAGAUAUCGUUUCCUAGUAAAAUUGUGGCCAACCUCUCUGAGACUGUACCAGAAUCUGUUGAUGUUUCUGCUCCAAUUUCGUCAAAUCAAACCUGCAACCCGUCUACUUCAUUUGAUCAGCGAGACGGAGCAAAGACGAAUAUGGCUAGAGUACCACCACAGGGUAAGGUUAUGCCUUUGGCACCAGAGUCGACCCGUGAAAAUUCUAGUACAAACCAGGGUAAUAAAGGUCACAAGAAUUUGAUGGAUUCUUUACUGGGUACUCGUACUAUCAAAAAUGUUUUAGAGGUCGAUGAUUUAGGUUUUGUUAACCAAGAUAAGGAUCAGAGUCAGACAGAUGUCUUGAAUUCAGAUUCAUGUCAAAAGAGUGGUGGUAUUGAUGAAAAAUUAAAGAAUACAAAAGGCAGUAGUCCACGUCUGAUAAAGUCGGUCUUUUGGAAUAAGAACCUCGUCAAGAGGAAAGUAAAGGCAGAGUCAGAUUAUACCUCUUGCAAGUCUCAUGAAGCAAAAGUAGUUGAUAAUACGGAUUUGUCGCACGAGCCUAGGACUUGUGAGCUGGUUGGAAAGGCUAGCAAAGUGUCUUUGAAGUAUGAGAAUGCAGGAAAUGGGAAGAUAACUUCAGGUUCUGAAAGUGAAAUUGGCGCGAAUGAGCUCAGUUCAAGAGGUCUAGAUGCACAACUAGGCCAACUGAUUGUCGCAAAGUUUGAUGGCCCCUGCAGUGAAAUUCCUAAAGUUGAUGGGAAGUCUAGAUCUAGGGACAAGGGGGAGUUCUCUCAAAGCUCAAAAAGUAGUAUUGGUGAAUUUAGCAGCAGCACAAGUGAAGAGAGCAGUGCAAGUGGGUCUAGCCGUUGCUGUAAUAGGCCGCAUAUGUCGAAAGACACACGGUGGGAGGCUGUGCGCUGCGCUCAAAAGCAGUAUGGAUUCUUGAGUUUGCGACAUUUUAAGCUUUUGAGGAGGCUCGGUUCUGGGGACAUUGGAACUGUUUACCUUGCGGAGCUAGUGGGUUCUAACGGCCUAUUUGCUUUGAAAGUUAUGGAUAAUGAAUUUUUGACUCGGAGGAAAAAAUUAAUACGCGCUCAGACAGAAAAAGAGAUCUUGCAAAUGCUGGAUCACCCUUUUCUGCCUACAUUGUAUGCCCAUUUUACGACGGAUAAGCUUUCAUGCUUGGUUAUGGAAUAUUGUCCUGGCGGGGAUUUACACACUAUCCGGCAGAAGCAACCAAAUAGAUGUUUCUCCGAGCAUGCAGCUAGGUUUUAUGUUGCGGAAGUACUCUUGGCUCUGGAGUACCUUCACAUGCUAGGAAUCGUGUAUCGAGACUUGAAGCCUGAAAACAUCCUAGUUCGAGAAGAUGGACAUAUUAUGCUAUCUGAUUUCGACCUGUCGUUUAGAUGUGUUGUCAACCCAACUUUAUUCAAAUCGUCCUCACCAAUUAUCGAACCUGAAAAGAAGGUAUCUUCUGGAAUAUGUUCUGAAUCUAGUUGCAUUGAUCCCUUUUGUCUCCAACCAUCCUGGCAGAUCUCAUGCUUUACACCGAGGCUCUUAACUUCAGCUUCGAAAACCCAAAAGCUUAAAUCUGAACAAGCUGUUCAGGUUACUCCAUUGCCACAGCUUGUAGCGGAACCAACUGAAGCUCGUUCCAAUUCCUUUGUCGGAACUCAUGAAUACUUGGCCCCCGAAAUCAUCAAAGGGGAGGGUCACGGGAGUGCUGUUGAUUGGUGGACAUAUGGGAUAUUCCUCUACGAGCUUUUAUAUGGUAAGACACCCUUUAAAGGAUCAAGCAACGAAGAGACGUUAGCCAAUUUGGUAUCACAGCCACUCAAAUUUCCCGAAACCCCUUUAGUUAGCUUUCAUGCUAAGGAUUUGAUUCGAGGGUUGUUGAUUAAACAACCGCAAAAUCGUCUAGGAUUUGUGAGGGGUGCUGCUGAGAUAAAGCAGCACCCUUUUUUUGAGGGCUUAAACUGGGCAUUAAUACGGUGUGCAGUACCACCAGAACGACCCAAGUUUUGUGAUGUCAGUAAAGGUCUCUUUUCAAGUAAGAAACAGACCAAGAAAUCUUUGGGAGUUCAGUCUAGUGAGCUCACUGGUGAGUUUGAGCUAUUUUAAACAUGAGCUGAAAAUGUUUCCAGAAAUUUUCCUUGUUUACCAUAGUGAGGCUGUUAGGUAUCUCAUACAACAUGUAACACAUGCAUAGCCCUUGGUGUAAAUGUAAGAAAUUAGCUUUAUUAUAUAUAAUCUAUGAAAAAAGGAAUUUCCUCCUUGUCUGUA